ACACAAGAGGGAUAAUCUCAGAAGCUGAGCAAGCAGCAAACAAACUCUGUGCUGCUCUGAAGUCACUCACUCGGCUGUGGCUGUUACCACAAACGACCGAGGCCGCCGGUGACCCGGGAUUCUUACCGCGCAGGCAGGAAACCAGCCGGCACAGAACCAGGCGGACAGGACAGGACGGACAGACGUCACUCGCUGGGGAGAGACCGCGGAUAAAUCGAUAUGGACACCUGCUAUCGGGCGGAUGAACUGGAAUUUACCAUGUCUGAGAGGGCGAAGAAGCAGGGAACCUGAAGUGAACAGGACCGUGAAUGGAUCGUACCAACGCGGCUCGAUGUAGCUGUCUGGGUGACAGAGGACCAAACCGGAUCAAGUUUAACAAGUUCACCGGAACGGACGACAGACAGACCUGCGACAAAGGAAGCUUAUCUGUGGAGGUGUCGAGGAACCGAAGAGAAACACGGUUAUUAUGCGCCAGCUCGAAGGGACGAAAUGCAGCUUCCUUUUGUGCCUCGGGCUGAGUAUCAUCAUCGGUUCACUCAUUUAUCUGAGAACCCGGAUGCCAGCUGAGCUCAACCCCUCGCAGCCCAACAACCCCGCAGCCGGUUGCAGACCCUUCGCCACUGAAUGUAAAGCCUUUCUGCCUGGCAUGGAGACAGGAGUGCAGUGGUCCCGACGAGACUGCCAGGUGGAGAGUUACGCUUUAAAUGGUGAUCUGCAGUGCUCCAACUUAACCAGAGACCUACACUUCAUCACGAAGCCUUUAAGUCUUGAAGAGGAGGCCUAUCCGUUAGCGUUCAUUGUGACCGUUCACAAAGAAUUGGAGCUUUUCGUCCGCCUGCUUCGGGCCAUUUACAUGCCACAGAACGUGUACUGCAUUCACGUGGACGCCAAGGCUCCGAGCGAAUACCGGACGGCCGUGGAGACGCUAGUCGGCUGCUUCAAUAACACCUUCCUCUCCAGUCGCAGCGAGACGGUGACUUACGCCGGGUUUUCUCGCCUGCAAGCCGACGUGAACUGCAUGAAGGAUCUAAUAAAGUCCGAGAUCGGCUGGAAGAAGGUGGUGAACCUGUGUGGACAGGACUUCCCGGUCAAGAGCAACCUGGAGCUGGUGCGGUACAUGCAGAGCAAAGAGUGGAGGGACAGAAACAUGACGCCUGGGGUCAAACAGCCGGCGUCAAUGAGGUACAGGACGCACCUGCAGCACAAGGAGAUCACGGGGUCACAUGUAGCUCCCAAAGGGCGGGGACUGAGGAAAGGACCUCCGCCGCACAAUCUGCAGGUGUAUUUUGGAACCGCCUACUACGCUCUCACGCGGCCUUUUGUGGAGUUUGUUUUGAAAAGCCCAGUCGCCCACGACCUACUGGAUUGGUCCAAAGACACGUUCAGUCCAGACGAGCACUACUGGGUGACACUGAACCACGUCAAAGGAGCUCCGGGGAGCCACAUUGACGGAGGUUGGGCGGGAGACAUCCGGGCGAUCAAGUGGAGGGACCAGGAGGGACGAGCACACAGCGGGUGUAAAGGGCAUUACGUCCGGGACAUCUGCGUGUACGGAGCAGAAGACCUGCCGUGGAUCAUCAACAGGAACAGCAUGUUUGCCAAUAAGUUUGAAAGCAAAAGCUUUCCUGAGGCACUGGACUGUCUGGAGCAGUGGCAAAGGAACAAAGUGCUGAACCAGGCCGCCGUGCCCGUCGAGCCCUCGUGGCUGCUGGCCACGCACGUCCAGUCAAAGAGCGGCGGCAGCGGCGGAUUAUUUGCACUCGUUCAGUGGUUGUCCUUGUCAAAAUGGGAGCGGGAGAAAAUUAAACUGAGAAAGGCGGGAUGACUGCACCGUGUGCCUCGAUGUUCGGAUGUACAGCUGAAUGUACUCGUGAAGCUUUAACUUAAUUUUUUUUAUCAUGCAUACCUACAUCAAGUAUUCAAUACAUCAAGGAUUCAACGAUUUUAAAUAACUUAUUAUUGUCUAGUUUAUUAUAAAUGCUUUAGACUAAUAUAUUGUUGGUUGUCUGUCUGGAUUUUCAACAGUUGCAAAGUAGAAAGUAUACACAAAUAAAAAGAAUUAUGAGAAAACAA